AUGCCGACGAUUUCGGAGGUGAAGCUCGACUUCAAGGAUGUCAUGCUGCGACCGAAGAGGAGCACACUAUCCUCACGAUCCGAGGUCGACUUGAAUAUAGAAUACACGUUCAAGAAUUCGAAAAAGACCUAUUCUGGGAUCCCGGUGAUCAGCUCGAACAUGGACACGACUGGAACUUUCGAAAUGGCCGAUGCCCUGAGCAAGGUUCAGCUCUUCACGACAAUCCACAAGCAUUACACGGUGGAACAAUGGAAGGAAUAUGCUGCCAAAUGUGACAAAGCGACCUUCGGCCAUAUUGCCGUCUCAACCGGGAUUUCGGACAACGAUUUUAAUAAGCUACGCACGAUUGUGAACGAGAUUCCCGAGCUGGGCUUCAUCUGCGUCGACGUGGCCAACGGAUACGCGCAGAUCUUCGUCGACUUUAUUAGGAAGGUACGCGAAGAGUUUCCCCGACACACCAUGAUGGCUGGAAACGUCGUCACCGGCGAGAUGUGCGAAGAGUUGAUUUUGACGGGGGCCGACGUCGUGAAGGUUGGUAUUGGCCCCGGCUCUGUCUGCACCACCCGCAAGAAGGCCGGCGUCGGCUACCCGCAACUGUCGGCGGUGCUCGAGUGUGCGGACGCAGCCCACGGAUUGAACGGGCACGUCAUUUCUGAUGGAGGAUGCACGAAUCCCGGCGACGUAUCCAAGGCGUUCGGCGCAGGUGCCGAUUUUGUGAUGCUGGGUGGAAUGUUUGCCGGCCAUGACCAAAGCGGUGGUGAACUGAUCGAAAAGGAUGGAAGGUACUACAAGAUGUUCUACGGGAUGUCCUCCGACACGGCGAUGAAGAAGUACCACGGCGCCGUCGCCGAAUACCGUGCCAGCGAGGGCAAAACGGUACAGAUGCCCUACCGUGGAGACGUGAUGAACACUGUCCAAGACAUUCUGGGCGGCAUUCGAUCAGCAUGCACGUAUACGGGAUCAAAGAAACUGAAGGAGUUGUCGAAGCGAACGACAUUCAUCCGCUGCAGUGCCACGACCAACGAGGCGCUGCUCGACGCGAUGACGCCGCCCCCGACGCCGUCUGCCGGCUCGGGCAGCGGCGAGAAGACGUCCAACACAAACACCGGCACAAUGUCGUCAGCCGUUGUGCCACGGGUCGGCUCGCAGGAGGUGCUGAUCAAUGGACAGCCGAAGAUCGGCUUCUUCAAGCGGAUGAAGUACAAGCUGAAGCAGGGCGGCACCAUCUUUCACACCGUCAAGCCGGCCGAUCUGCCGAACGAGCCGCGCAGACAGAGCCAAGCGCUUGAGGGAUAUCGCGAGGCCCUGCAAUUGUCCACUGACGCCUUCCUCCAAGUACUGCAGCGAGACCCACAGUUCUGCCCGGCCGCCCAAUCGGAACACAAGCUGGAAACCCCGCACCAAGAACAUGGCCAUGAGAGGGCGCACCAUGGCUUGACGCAGAUUCGACCAGCGUGGACCGGCUGUGAGUCGAUCGUGGAAACGCUGUGCGCGGUGAGCCUGGAUUGUGCCACCCAUUCACGGGCUUUCCAAAGGCAGGGACGCGAGAAACUGGCCCCUCUGCGCACCUUUUUCCUCAAGGAGCUGCCCGAUGAGCUCGGCCGUCUGAUGACCGAGGUGAAAAAUGCAAAUGACGAGCUGAACAUGAUGAUCACCGAGUCGAAGACACGGCCGGAAAUGCUUCCCGCUGUCGACACAGCAAAAAAGAAGCUGGAUGAGACGAUGGUCCGCUGGGAUGAAUGGGUUCGCUCGUUGGCUGAGAAGAAAAAGAUCCAUCGGAUGGCCAUCGUCGAGCUGUUGCGCGAGGCAGAGAUUUAUCACAAGGCGAUGGCUGAGUCGUGCGCUUCGGCAAAGGGAUUGAAGCCGACGAAAAGCCGAGAUGGAGGGACUACGACCACCGAGGCAACCUUCGACGAGCGACAGAUGAUGAACAGGCCAUCGACGGCGGGCAAGAUCACCGGCGCCUUCGGAAAAUUAAAAAAAUUCUUC